CAUCUGCCAUUACAGCUCUCUAGCUCACCCUGCCAUCGCCUCCUCUGCCCUCGCCCUCUCGCUCCAGCUCGAGCUCUCGCAACCAGCAGCCAGCUGCUCCGGCGAGCCGUCGUCGGCCGUGUGAUCGAGCACUGCUAGCUUAGCUACCUCUAGUACAACGCGAGAGAGUAGGAGGAGGGAGAUGGCCGGCGCGACGGUGACCGUGGAGGAGGUGAGGAAGGCGCAGCGCGCGUCGGGGCCGGCCACCGUGCUGGCGAUCGGGACGGCCACACCGGCGCACUGCGUGUACCAGGCCGACUACCCGGACUACUACUUCCGGGUCACCAAGAGCGACCACCUGACCGACCUCAAGGAGAAGUUCAAGAGGAUGUGCGACAAGUCGAUGAUCCGGAAGCGCUACAUGCACCUGACGGAGGAGUUCCUGAACGAGAACCCCAACAUGUGCGCGUACAUGGCGCCGUCGCUGGACGCGCGGCAGGACAUCGUGGUGGUGGAGGUGCCCAAGCUCGGGAAGGCGGCGGCGCAGAAGGCGAUCAAGGAGUGGGGCCAGCCUCGCUCCAAGAUCACGCACCUCGUCUUCUGCACCACCUCCGGCGUCGACAUGCCGGGGGCCGACUACCAGCUCACCAAGCUCCUGGGCCUGCGCCCCUCCGUGAACCGCCUCAUGAUGUACCAGCAGGGGUGCUUCGCCGGCGGCACGGUGCUGCGCGUCGCCAAGGACCUCGCCGAGAACAACCGCGGCGCGCGGGUGCUGGUGGUGUGCUCCGAGAUCACCGCCGUCACGUUCCGGGGGCCGUCCGAAUCCCACCUCGACUCGCUCGUGGGCCAGGCGCUGUUCGGCGAUGGCGCGGCGGCGGUGAUCGUCGGCGCCGACCCCGACGAGAGCGUCGAGCGGCCGCUGUUCCAGCUCGUGUCGGCGUCGCAGACGAUCCUCCCGGACUCCGAGGGCGCCAUCGACGGGCACCUCCGGGAGGUGGGGCUCACCUUCCACCUGCUCAAGGACGUGCCGGGGCUCAUCUCUAAGAACAUCGAGCGGGCGCUGGAGGAGGCGUUCAAGCCGCUGGGGAUCUCCGACUGGAACUCGGUGUUCUGGGUGGCCCACCCCGGCGGGCCCGCCAUCCUGGACCAGGUGGAGGCCAAGGUGGGCCUCGACAAGGCCCGGAUGCGCGCCACCCGGCACGUCCUCUCCGAGUACGGCAACAUGUCCAGCGCCUGCGUGCUCUUCAUCCUGGACGAGAUGCGCAAGCGCUCCGCCGAGGACGGCCACGCCACCACCGGCGAGGGCUUCGACUGGGGCGUCCUCUUCGGCUUCGGCCCCGGCCUCACCGUCGAGACCGUCGUCCUCCACAGCGUUCCCAUCACCGCCGGCACUGCCGCAUGAUCAGUUGAUCACCGCCCCCGAUCGAUGAUCACCGUAGUACACAUUCAUUCGCCUGCAACUCCAGCAACACUUGCCGCAUCCGAUCCAUCACGCAAAUAACGUACCCAUACUUUCUGUACCUGUCACCUAUUACUUCUAUUUUUCCUGUACUUGUCGUCGCGCACAUAUGUAUGUAUGUAUGUAUGUAUGUAUGUAUGUAUGUAUAUAUGUGCAUAUACGCAAAGUGAGCUAGCUCGAGGGUAAAACCAUAAGAGUGCCAUUUUAGUGUUAUGGGUGGUGAGGUAUUGUAAUACCUGUGUAAGAUAAGCUUUGGCUGGUUUUCCAUUUUAUUUGUUGGUGAAAGCGAUUCUACUGUGGUGAUAAGAAAUGGCUGCCAUUAUAGUUUUUUCAAUUCGAUUUAUAAUAUCUGAGAGGCACAUCAUUGUUA